AUGCCUCUCCGCGUCGCCGCCGCCUCCAUCCACUCCUCGUCACGAAAGGACGCCAGCUCCGUCACGUCGCACUCGGCCGGUGGACUCAUCAAGAAGGACCGCAAGGAGGUUCCCCUGCCCAGCCAGGAGGGCACCAAGGGCGUCUUGCAAUAUGCUCUCUCUUCCCUCGACGUAAUAACGAACUGGGCCCGCCAGUCCUCCCUCUGGCCCAUGACCUUCGGCCUCGCCUGCUGCGCCGUCGAGAUGAUGCACCUCUCCACCCCGCGCUACGACCAGGACCGCCUCGGCAUCAUCUUCCGCGCCUCCCCGCGCCAGUCCGACGUCAUGAUCGUCGCCGGCACCCUCACCAACAAGAUGGCCCCCGCCCUCCGCCAGGUCUACGACCAGAUGCCCGAGCCCCGCUGGGUCAUCUCCAUGGGCUCCUGCGCCAACGGCGGCGGCUACUACCACUACUCCUACUCCGUCGUCCGCGGCUGCGACCGCGUCGUCCCCGUCGACGUCUACGUCCCCGGCUGCCCCCCGACCUCCGAGGCCCUCAUGUACGGCAUCUUCCAGCUCCAGCGCAAGAUGCGCAACACCAAGAUCACCCGCAUGUGGUACCGCAAGUAG